AAUAAUUAAAAAACAAACAAAACGUAAUUAUUAAUUAGAAGCAAUGGCUACCUGCACAAAAGUGUGACAUUGAAAGAUAAAGUUCACUGUUCAUGCGCUUCAGUUGUAAUGUACAUAUCCGGUAUAUCAGUGCCUCUCGAAGUCUCCGGGUUUUUUUUUAGGAAACAGGACAUUUCCAGCUGUUCACAUAUAAUUAUGCUGUAUACAAUGGACCGUGCACACAAACGCACCGGUCGCUUUCCACUUUGUUUUUUUUGUUUUUUACAAUAAUAACGAGGAACAGGUGGAGCUAGUUUUGUUUCAAACGACAAGCGGAGAGCAGCAGAAAGUUACCAUAGUGACACGCCCACUGUUUUGAUUUGAGAACGGGCCAAACCAAAAAACAAAAAGUCUCACCCUUUUUCUGUAUUUAAUGUAUAAAUGAUUAAAAACCACUUAUUGUGUAUACCACUACAUUUCGUAUCACAACACAGCCGACCUGUUGGUUUUUCAUCAUGUAUUGAGGCGUUAACGAAGUUUGUAAUUUUUAAGCGCCUCCCCAUGUCUCGGUAAGAAUGGUUUGGUCCAGGUUUGAACUGUAACGUCAGUGUUUAUGAAGGUGGUUUUUAAACGGCAGAAACAAACCGACGAGUUGCAUUUUUCCAUCUGUUCAAGUCAUAAUAAAUUCAUUUAAAUAUCAACACCGGACUGUUGCUGAAAUGCCAAAUCAGAGAGAGGAGGUUGCUGAUGAUUCCCCUACUGACCUUCCCUGUCUGGAAAAACUCAACUCUCCUGCAGGGAGCCCACCCACCGCCUCAUUAUCCAGUCUGAUGGAGCUGGAAAAUUGUGUUUCCAACCUGAGCCUUGCGCAUGAGAUAGUAGUGAACAGAGACUUCUGCUUCAAACCCAGGAGCCCUCCCACAGACAGCUUGGAAGGCAGAGUGACAGAGGUUGUUCACCGGGCAUUUUGGGACAGUCUUCAAGAACAGCUGACCAGUGAUCCUCCGAACUACAACCAUGCUGUCCUACUGCUGCAGGAGGUCAAAACUAUGCUUCAGUCCCUCCUCAUGCCCGGUCACAUCAGACUGAGGUCUCAGCUGGAUGAGGUGCUGGACAUGGAGCUGAUCCAGCAGGAGGUCGAUCACGGAGCUCUGGACCUCCACAGACUGGCAGCAUUCAUUAUCGGCACCAUGGCGUCUUUAUGUGCUCCUGUGCGUGACCCAGAGGUCCGGGCACUGCAGGACCUCAAAGACCCUGUGGAGCUCCUGAGGGAGAUUUUUCGUGUCUUGGGGCUCAUGAAAACCGACAUGGUUAACUUCACAAUCCAGAGCCUGAGGCCUCAUCUCCUGCAGCAGGCCGCGCAGUACGAGAGAGCCAAAUUCCAGCAGAUCCUGGACAAGCAGCCAGCUUCUCUGGAUGAUACCACCGUCUGGCUUCAGGCAGCAGUGUCAGAAGAGGUGUCGGCAUUCGCAGCUCAGUCUGAUUCCUCUGGUUCUGACAGCCAAGGUCCUCUCAGCGCCACCGCUGUCCUCAACCGGGCCUACAUGCGCCUGCUCCACUGGGACCCGCAGGACCAGAAAUAUCCCGAGACUGUGCUGAUGGACCGAGCCCGCCUGGACGUUCUUGGCCAGCGGCUCCAGAUGCUGGUCCUGGAGGCGUCAGUGCUGCUCCUGACCAGCACUCAGUGUGGGGUCGUUGUUUUCACCCUGCAGGGGUUUGUAGGUAAACUCAGGCAGUCCAUCACUGCCCUGCUGGAGGGCAGUCACACCAGGGAAGCUGACCUGAAAGGGGCCCUGUUAGGGGUUGGGGAGAUGGUAGUGCAGCAGGUGACCGAAGCUCUGAGAGCCCAAGGAGCAGCAGUGCUGCCUCAGGAGAACCAGGACCUGCUGAAGGGACAAAUAACUGACCUGUGGAAGCAUGACAACCCUGUUCGCAUACUUACAGGAGAAAGAGUACAGGGCUUCCUUCGGGCCAUGCUGCAGGGCGGCCCCGCUAAAAGGAGUCCAGAGCUGUCUGCUCCCCUCAGGCUGGUGAGUGCUGAGCUAGCUGAGCUGGGGACGGCCUUUGGGCGAAUUGUCCACUUCAACCGAACAGUCUUUGGUCCCUUCUAUGCACCCAUCCUCAGGAAACUGCUGUUCCCACCAGGAGAGGCUGAGGCUGAGGAGGACUCACGCUAAGCUGAGAGGGAUCUAGACAAUCAGUGGUGACCUGAACAUAAGCUGCAAUUCUGUAUUAAACGUGUAGCCUUAAAAUGUAAAUAGAACGGAUGAAAAUGUUCAAGGGAAACUCAGCAUUUGACAUUCACAGUCUCUAAAGAAGGAAUUGUUUUAGAUUUUAGGUCAAAAAAUGUCCAAAUCAAAGCAUUAAGCAGAUACUGAAUAAUGAUUAUAGUGUAUCUUAACUAUGAACCUGUGUAUGCAAAACAUCAGGAAGUAGCUGUGUGGAAGAAACAAAUACUAGCUUCCACUUUUAAUGAGAAAAUGCAGUAUCCUCACAUUUACAAGAGACUGACUGUGGUUCUGGAAUGUUUUUAGAAAAAAAAAAGGAACCAAAGAAAAUAUGCUACCAGUUUUUAAAUAAUACUUAAGCUUCACUAUGCAGCUGCUUAUCUUUAUGUUGACAGAUGUUUAUGUCUAACUUACCAAAGACAGUGAGCACUUUUUCAUACCUAUUAUUUUCCUUUUUUUCCCCCUUUGCUGUUGUUUUUGCACCUUUGAUUAUAAACCAAAAAUAUACUCCAGUGUUUGCCCCACAGCUGUUGGUGUUGGUGGGGUGGGGAGGGAACAACGCUGAUUUGUAAAGCAAUACCUAAGUGAUUCACUUUCACUGUUUGCCAGCCAUUGAAACAUUUAAGAUUAAACAAAUGAAAAUACACAUAUUCAAAAUUCUGAGAGGAAUCACCUCUGUACAUUUAAUUACUUUGGGAAAACCACAACAAGAUACACUUGCAGUGGGCUGAGCUUAGUUACAGUUGACUUUUUUGAAAACCUGUAAUUGUCUAAUUGUUUAAUUAGGGUUCAGAUGAUGAUGUCUAGUUCGUUAUAUUGCUGAAACUAAAUAAGAAACUAUUUGAUUUUGGAGGAGAAACAGUUUUGAGUUGAUCUCUCUGAUAAUGCCAGCGAUGUGUUACAUUUAAAUUAUUGCUCCUACAGUUUCAGGAAGCCAUUUGUGUCUAUUUAUUUCCACACAUUAUUAAAAUCAUUCAUCAGAUUCUCGCUCAUGUUGUCUAAUCCACCACAGCAAACAUCAUGUUGAUAUUCAUGCGUGCCGGUGUUGCGUGGUAAUAACUGCAUCACCAAAAUAAUAGAGAGUUGUGCAGAUGAGAUGUUCACUGUGAUGGAUCACACAACACACAAUUUCAAGAGUCAAGACUUAAAACUUGUCAGGAAAGUUUCAAGUGUUGGCUGGCAUACUUAUUAUUAGAAGUAGCAGGCUGGCACAAUAUUGGGGGGAAAAAAGACCACAAUAUUUAGUUUUUCUUUGAUGUGAAACAUUUUUACAAGAUGAGUUGAAUAGCUCCAUUUGUAAAGAAUUAAUUGUUGUUAUUGGGGAGGGUUUUGUAGGGCAGUGGAUCUGCAUAGAAAAUCAAAUAGCCAUGUAAAAAAGAUAAAGAUAAUAAUAUCAAAAAAAUGUGUAAAGUUUUGUCUUAGCUGAUAUUAAUAAACAAUUGUUUUUAGAAAGCUUAAAAAUAAUAUAUUAAAUAUAUUAAAUUAAGGUUAUUUUUCACCUGAAUUGAGAGAAUCUGCUAAAGGCAAAAUCUAAGUAAAAUUGAACUCCAAGGCGCCUAACAUUAGCUUACCUGUACAUAGUAUACUUUACCAAUGUUACCUAACGCCCCACAUGCAGGCUGUGGUGUGCUAAUGUCAGAUUUACCUACGUUCAAACCAAACCUGUUUCUUGCACAUUUUAAUAAAUACAUGGAGAGCCUUUUAUGUCAACAACUCCAUGUCUCGCAAAUAAAGUUAUAAAAAAAUCUCAGCAUACCCACGAACCUUUAAAUCAGAGUAAAUGAUGUGCUAUUAGACAGACUUCUCUGGUCGACUAAUUAUUGAAAUUGAGAACCUUGUUAGUUUUCUUUUUGUAUCAGGCAGCAAAAAAAAAAGGUUUUAGCAUGAUGUGUUUAAGUGAACUUAUUUUAUGUUACAUGAAACUUCCUGCGAUGGGACUAUUCCACAUGCUCACAUUGCAGUGUAAGUGCAGAAACAAUAUAUUGUGCAGACCUAAUAAACUGACACAGAUGGUUACCUGGAAUGGAGCUAAAAUAACACAUUUCUAACAUGUAUUAUAAUUUGAAGAAUUCUAUUCAUAAAUGGAGUUAAAACACAUAAAAACACUGAUAUUGCUGCUUUAACUUCAAGUUGCUUUGCUACAAGUCCAAGGAGAACAGAUGACAAGUCACAGAGCGACACAUUUUGUUAAAAAAUAAAUGUCCUGGGAGUUUAACAGCACUUCCUGAUGUCCUGAUUUUUUCUAGAAUCUUCAAAGUCAAAGUCUGUUACACUAUCCAGAUUUAUAACUUGUUUUCCAAACUGCAACUUCUAAGUAGUCAAAAAUAUGUAUUUUUACACUUUCAGUAUGGCACAAUGAAAAAUAUCAACAUGCUUUUGUGUUUCCACGUGUAACAUAAUGUAAAGUAUUUUAAUGGACAAAUAGUUUUAUUUUUUUGAGGUGUAUAAAUUAAGCAAGACUUAUUAGUUCCCGCUAACCGUUUUUUGUUUGUUUGUUUGUUUGUUUGUUUUUUUAAGUUUUUGAUGCUUCUGGGAAAUACCAACACAUCAAUACUGAUCUGUGAUUUUGAAACACCAACAGGCACUUGGAUGCUUAGCUCUGUGACUGGAAAUUGUUUUUAAAAAACUAUACGAGAGGCACAAACUGGCGCUGAUCGUUUGUUUAGAUUAGAAGUUGCACCACCCACUAAUCUCUUCAGCUGGGGAAACACUAGAAGUAUAAUUGUACAGUAACUACCGUGUUGUUAUAUUUGUCACUUUAAAUUUUAAACAGCUGUUGUAAUGUUUCUGUUCUUUUAACUACUCAGCCAUAAAAAAAAUCAAUGCUGACAACAGACUUGAGAGGGAUUCUUUAGUCUUUGUAUUAUUUAAUUUCAUUAAUAUAAUAUUGCUUUGAAAUUUGAAACAGUAUCACAUUUUCAUUGACAAACCAUACUCUGUCCACAAACAUGGGCAAAGCAUUGUAUGCUGGUACAGUUUUUUUUUCUUCUUCUUUUUUUUUCUCUACAUUUUGUUACCCUUUAAUAAUUCCCACAGUUACUAUCUUCAAUAGACCUGAAUCAAUAGAAAUGCUCAUUAAUGGUCUAUAUCAUUAAUGGUCUACAGUGCUAUAACAUUACAGUACCUACAUGACAAGAUCAGAAAGUCACAUGGAGGCCAGGAAAUAGACUUGACCUUUCUGACUGACCUUUCUCAAGACAGGAGUGAUACACAGGUCCUGUUUAGCCAGUGAUGGGGGUCCACAGGUUACCUUUUCGUCUGUGUGUUGGGAUUCAUCUCAGGGGCAGUGGAGGUGCAGGGGAAUAUACAGAGUGAGAUCUAAAUGUCAGAGUAGCGCUGGUUGGCCCUGCACAUUGCGUAAGGCUUACCUCUCGGUUUCUCUCUCUACCUCUUUUCCACUGCUCUGCCCACUACCUCAACACACGCAAAUAAAACCACUCACAUCGGCUGCUCCCCUUCAACUCACAGCUUGGUAUCCGGAAACUUGAAUGCUGGGGCGAGCUACACAAGGAAAACACCAAUGUUAAAAAGACCGGUAACAUGCACAGCCAUAUCAUGCCACCAAAACUUGCUUUAAAUAGCUGCUGCUCAUUAAAGUGUAAUGCUUUUAUAUUAUGCAUCCAUUCUAGAGCAGGUUGUCUUGGUGACACACAAAAUGGAAGAACAUACGUGACAAAAAAUGUUGGGAGGAAUGACGACAAUGGCGAAAUGUCGGGAUGGGGAUGAAUCGCUUUGUUCUGGCGUGUAAACGAAGAGGGGAGGGAACAUAAAAAGCGAAUGGUGGAUGAGUGAAGAGGAGACGAGACACUGCUACAGUACGUACAAAGACUGCUCAGGCCAAGUGCAUCAAAGGGUACAGAACACAAAAAACACUGCCAACAUGCAUCGUCAGUGGAAGCUAACAGUUAACAGUCAGAACAGAGUGGCAAUGACACAGCCACGGUACCGCACACAGACCGGUUACAUCUUAACAGUCUCCAGACACACUGUCUUCUGGAGAGGAGCUCAAUCCCUCACUUCUCCUGCAGCACACAGAAACAAGGACAGUGGCCAGUGAUGUAACAGUAACAGUCCAAACUCCCAUGAGGACAGACAGAAACAAGGCGUAGAGCACGCACGCUAGGUAGUGCACACGGGAGGUGGGCGGGGGGGGAGAACCCACAGAUAUGUGUUGACUCCACGGCGAGCAUUUUUUAAUCACAGUGCAGGAGGAAAAUCCUUUGCAAAAAAAAAAAAUGGUGUCAUGUUCUCAGCAUAACAAAUCCAUUCGCAUUAACACGACACCAGAGCAACGUUUAGAUUUGGCUCUUUUAAUGUAGUGGAAUUAAAUCUUUUCACUGCUGUUUAUUUUCAAGUGACAUACUUUGCAUGUACUGUACCUAAUUCUAAAUUGGCGUGAAACAGCAUGGAUACCUACCCAUGUAAUCAUGAUAAUAAGAUGCUAUGUAGGGAAAGGUGCACUAAAUUGUGCUCGGGGGGCUCAUUAAAACACUCAAGUUAAAUUAAAUCUCUUUGAAAGUGUUUUUUUGUUGUUGUUUAGAUUACCAAAAUUGUGAAAUGUGAACCAAUGUCAGUACACCUUUUUUUUAAAUUUGUUUUUUUCUUCAUUUUUUUGCCUCUGGUUGUAAUAUUAUCGGGAUGCUUCGUGAUCCCUUCUCAAUCAUUCUGUCCCAAAGUGUUUCAGUUUGCCCCGUCUAUCAAAAAAGUAUCACAAAAUGCACUAAUGUCCCGUUUGCACCAUAAGAAAAGAAAACAAGGAUUUAAAAGGGAUAGUGCCAUGUUUUUUUUGUUGUUUUUUUUUUUAAACACAGUGUUUCUUUUUUUUUUUUUCUCUUUAAAUUGACAAGAAGAAGAAGAUGUUGUGAUUUGCAGGCUCUCAGUGCUACCAUAAAUGCUGAGAGGCACUGGGCAGUACAAGGCCAGAGCAAAGACUCAUCCUGACAAACCUGUACCAUCAUUAGAACAACGUCAUCCCAGCCAGUCACAGUCAAUUUAAUACACCAGGAAAUCAGAAGUGUUUUUUUUUUUUUUUUUUUCCUUUUUUUAAAAGUCUUUCAGAAGCAGGGUGGAGGCGUGCAGUUGUUGGGUGUUUGUGUUUGGGGGGUGGGGGGGGAGUCAGGGGAAGGUUUUUUUUUUUUUUUUUUUAGUUGAUUAUAGAUAACCGAAAUAAAGUAGGGCUGUUGUCCUCGGUAAAGUGUAGGAAAGUUGUCCUCCCGCAUGUGGGUGUACGAGGUCUCAGUUCUUGGUCCGUUUAGAGUUCAGACAUCAGUGAUAAGAUUUGUGACCGAUCCAUUGUGGUCUUACUAUGAGUACUGUACAAAUGCGUAGAAAAA